AUGAUUGUCAACUUCGAACUGUUGGGGCAGCUAUGCCACAGGUCGUGGAAUGCGACCGCUGCUUCCAUUGUUCCCCUCUCGUCCAUCCACCCAGCUAAAGGAGUGGACGGUCUGUUGAGUGACCAGUACGAGGCUAGGACGAACGAUGGAGAGUCUCUUUUCGUCAAGUAUUUGCCGGUCGAAGGCCCUGUUCGCGAUUUUUGUCUCGAGCUGGAUGUCUACGAUCGAGAACAAAACUGUCUAGCGUUCUACAAUGAGGCCGGAAUUCACGAAAAGCUUCGAAGUAUUCCUGAUUGUCACUUGUACCUCCCUGGACUCUACUAUAGUGAUGAUCGGAUGAUCGCAAUGGACAACUUGGUGAAGUCCCAUCACUUCGAGGCCUACCGCAUCGAAGACCCAAUGGGCCUUUCACUGGCGACUGAAUGUAUCAAGGCCUUGGCGUACUUCCAUGCGGUAGUGCCCGUGGAGGCGGCUCGAGCCCGCUUUCUGAAGCCUCGUGAGACGAUCUACCAUGUCAUGGGCAGAAUUCUCGACGAGGGCAUUCUCUAUCUGGAGCAAUGCGGCGACUCAUUGAUAGAUUCGGAAUGUCGGAAAGCCAUCGUUGAGAAGAGGGAGUACAUCCAGGAUGUCAUGGUCGGAAACCCGAGCAAACUUACGAUUGGCGAUGCCAUACUAGUUGUUGCCCAUGAGGACAUGUGGAGCAGCAAUAUCAUGACUCAUCGGCGUGAGGAUGGUAACUGGGCCGGUGAAUUGCGAACAGUAGACAAAAUGAAUAUAAUAGGUACGAUGGAGAUAUCUAUCGUGGACCAUCAGUUCCCUGAAGUCGACACUCCGAGUGUCGACAUCGUUUUCUUCAUAUUUUGUUCGAUGGCUGUUGCCGAUAGACGUAAGCAUGUGCUAUGUUCGUUCUACCUCCAGCGUCUCUACCAUGCCAUAGGUGCUCAUAUGAAGGAACUCUUUCAAGUGUAUGCCGAUACGUUUGCUGCUGCAUCAGAGGAGUACCCAUCAUCCGAGCAAGUGAUGGAUGACAUCACAUCUCGAGACAGUCUCCGACGUGGUGCAGCUAAAGCCAUUGGCAUGAUGAUCGGCGGUGGUUGCGACCCUUUUCUCGGUCACACGGCUGAGAUGCAUACGCGUUUCGUUGAGGCUUUGAAAGAUCUAACAGCAGUACUGGAUGACUGA